AGACUGGCCGGCCCAAUGCGCACUGGCGAGGCGCGCCGGAGUGGAGAGGUGCCCGCGGGCGGAGCGUCAGCCGGAGGAGGUGCCUUGCCAAGCGGCCAGGGCAGCGCGGAGGAGCGGACGUGCUUCCCGCAGCCGCCCCGGCCGCUCUCCCGGCGGGGAAACCCCACCCAGCGUCACAAACCCACCUGGCUUUUUUGGAGGAAGACAAAAACUGCAGCCAUGGCCAGCGAUGGGGUGGAAGAUGAGCUGGAAUUCUACUCCAAGGCCGAAAAAUAUUGGAAGGACAUCCCCCCCACCGUGGAUGGGAUGUUGGGGGGCUACGGGCACAUUUCCAGUAUUGACAUCAGCAGCUCCAGAAAGUUUUUGCUCCGGUUUUUGAGGGAUGGCCCAAACAGGACCGGCACAGCCUUGGCCUUAGACUGUGGCGCUGGCAUUGGGCGGAUUACAAAGAGACUAUUGCUGCCUCUUUUCAAAGCUGUGGACAUGGUAGACGUGACGGAAGACUUCCUGAAUAAGGCCAGGACGUAUCUGGGGACGGAAGGCCAACGGGUGCGAAAUUACUUCUGUUGUGGGUUGCAAGACUUCGGCCCGGAGCCUAACACAUACGACGUCAUCUGGAUCCAGUGGGUAAUCGGACACCUGACGGACGAGCACCUCCUGAGCUUCUUGCAAAGGUGUCGCCUAGGACUCUGUCCCAACGGCAUCAUCGUCAUUAAGGACAACAUGGCCCAAGAAGGGGUCAUCAUGGAUGAAGUGGACAGUAGCCUCUGCCGGGAUCUGGAUGUGGUGUGUAAGAUCAUCCGCCGUGCCGGGCUGAGUCUUUUGGCCCAGGAGAAACAGGAGAAUUUUCCGGAUGAGAUCUAUCACGUCUAUACAUUAGCCAUGAGGUGAAGGAGAUCCCGGAAGCGUUCCCAUGGUGCUCCAGGGCAAACCAUGGUUUCCAGCAGGCCAGGAUGAAGGGAAAAGAGGGGAGACCGGCUGGGGUCUCAAGAGGUGGGGAGCAGGGAGGGAAAGGCGGUUGCGUCCCUGGGCGGUAAAAUGGACUGGGACAGGGGAAGUAAAGGUAAGCGUGAUUGUAGUCUCCUAUGUUGGUUUGUUAUGAUGGUUGGAAAAACGAUCCGAAGAACCCACCUUGUAUGGUGCAGGAAAGUUGCGGAAUUGAAUCUCUAGAAUCUGCCAUCA